UUGAUCCCUGCGGAAAAGGGGAGAAGGACGGGCACAGAGCGGGGUCCCGCGGCAGGGUUUGGGUUGGAAGCGCCGGGCGCAGGGAGGUAAUGUGGCAGGCUGGGUCAUAGAGCGGGCAGACAGGCAGGCGGGCGCUGCUCGGCCCCGGGCGAAGAACCAGCGCUUUCCGGUUGGUUCCGUCUGUCUUUUCGGCGAAAGGAGGCCGGAAUCGGACGUGGGUCCGCUAGGCAACCGGGCAGAAGGCGGGGGUUACACACGCGGCGCAGGAUCUGAUCUGCUGCGGGAAGUUUUACAGUCGGGAUUGCAGCGCGGUUUUUAACCGUAUUUACGGGCAGGUUGGUUGCUAAGGUGAUCAGAGGAAGUCUUGUUGGGCAUCCAGUUCUACAGUUGACGUAUUGUUAUUUUGCUGUUAUUCAUAGGGUAUGCUAUGACAGGGUAUAAAUUACUUCUUGACUCUUUGAGAAAUCUAAAUGUCUGCCUUGGACUCCUGGUCAAAUCUCCUCACAAACUCAGCUCUCCCUGGAGGACCUUUCUUUGCGCUGCAAGCCAAUAUCCCAGAACAGCAAUUCUCUCCAAACAUUUCUGUGUUUCUCCCAUUCAGCAUCAUGUAUUUUUAAUACCAUGGUCAAAAAGUGUCACAGGGAUUUCAGUCCGACACAAAAGUAACAAAAGCUCACAUAAAAAUGUGAAACGAACUGUGGAAGAAGACUUGGAGGAGGAAGACACUGAUGAAGAGAUAACUGAUUCAGAAGAUGAGUUUGAAGAUGAUCCCAGCAUAGUGAAGAAUUAUAAAGACCUUGAAAAAGUAGUACAGUCUUUCCGAUUCGAUGUAAUCUUGAAAUCUGGUUUAGACAUUGCAAGAAACAAAGUGGAAGAUGCAUUCUACAAUGGUGAGCUUAGACUAAAUGGAGAAAAAUUGUGGAAGAAAAGCAGAUCGGUAAAGGUUGGUGAUACCCUGGAUCUCAUUCUUGGAGAAGACAAAGAAACAGAAACAGCCGUAGUUAUGCGAGUUGUUUUAAAGAAAGCAUCUGAGAAGAAUGAGAAUGAUAAAUACAAAGUGAUGUUGAGACGCUGGAAGAACUUAAAGGUGCCCAAGCAGGAUGUAUUGAAGUGAAUAAAUGAAUUGCAUGUUGUGAUUGAUUUGUUGUGAGCAAUCACAUUUAUUGUAUAAUAUAUAAUUUUUUGUUAAACAAAGUUUUUUUAAAAAAAGAUUAUUUGAUGGCAUGCCUCUUUCCUUACUAUAAACAUUACUUCUGUUCCAUGACUUUCACUUGCUGUAUGCUAUAAAUA